UCAAAUCGGGAGAUCAGUGAAGAUUCAAACCUCUAGUGUGCACAGGCUGAUAUUAACACAACUUUUAUGCAUUUCUUUCACAUCUCCUGCAGUCAGACUCACUGUGUUCACUCAGAAGGAAUCACUUCACAUGGACAUCAGUCCUGGGGCCAUGUCUCCAGGGGGCGUGUCUCCGGCGGGCUCGUCUCCAGGGGGCGUGUCUCCAGGGGGCGUGUCUCCAGGGGGCGUGUCUCCGGCGGGCUCGUCUCCAGGGGCGUGUCUCCAGGGGCCGUGUCUCCGGCGGGCGUGUCUCCGGCGGGCGUGUCUCCUGCGGGCGUGUCUCCUGCGUCCUUCCUACUGACUCGGCAACUCCAGGACAGCUGGAGGACGCUGCGCAGACUGACGGGAGGAAGCAACACCUCUGCUGACAGACAGCUGACAGACAACCUGCUGUUUGAAGUGACCGACGCCAGCGUGGUGACGGACAGCUCCUCCAAAUACGUGCUGUACACCAUCCAUGUGAUCCAGUCUGGAGGCAGUGAUAAGACUCCAGCCAUCAUCACUCGCCGAUACUCCGACUUCCAGCGGCUGCACGCAACGCUGCGCCGUAACCACGGAGACCAGAUGGAGCGAGUCUGUUUCCCACGGAAGAAGCUGCGCAGGAACUUCACGGCGGAGACGAUCGCCAGGCGGAGCCGAGCCUUCGAGCAGUACCUGUCCCACCUGUGUUCCCUGCCGGGCCUGAGGGGGGCGCUGUGUGUUAGACACUUCUUCUACCUGACGGACCUGCAGACCGCCCAGCUGCUCAUCAGGGGGGGACAUUUUCCGGAGGCUCUGGGUCCGCUGCUCAACGCCAAGAGACUGCAACACAAACUGGGCUGGACGGGUUACCACGACGACAGCCAGGCUCCGGCCCCGCCCCCGGCCUCCUCCCAUUGGCUCUUCACCCUGGUGGGUCUGUGGCGCUGUUUCCAGGAGGCGGAGCAGCUGGAGGAGGCGCGGCAUCACUGCGACGCCGCGCUGCGCGUCAUCACGCCGGCGGAGGAUAAGCCCCGCCCACUUACUGACAGGCCACACCCCCUGCUGCUGCCGCUGCUGCGAGCCGUGGUGCGGCUGUCCUGGCAGACGGGACGAGACAAACGGCAGUGGGAGGAGCUACUGCAGCAGCUGGGGGAGCAGGGGGCGGGGCUAGACAAUCAGCCAAUCAUCACAGAGUUUCUGCUCAAUCACAACCUGCAGGAGAGCGAAUGGGAGGGCUAGAAAGACACUGACAGACAGACACACACACACACACACACACACACAUACACACACAGAAAACACACACACACACACACACAGAAAACACACACACACACACACACACACAGACAC